UCAUCACAGACCCCCACUGUCGCCUGGAAAUACUGUGUUCCAAUGACUUCGUAAUAGGCUACUAAUGGGAUUUGAGUCUUUUUGAUAUUUAAAGUGAGAAGUGAAAAGCGACAGGGAGUGUGUAUGUGUGUGUGUAUAUGUGUGACAGGAGGGUGCAGCUGCUUUGUGUUGGUUUGGGGUGCAUUGAGCACUUCCUGGAUUUGAGAGUCCGCGCGCCCAGUCCCGUCCCUGUCACUGUCACGCGCGCGCCGGGACAUUUUUCGCUGCCACGCGUCGUUUAUUUCACUGGAUUUAUACGGAAACGCGUAUGUUUCAUCACUUGUAUUUUGAAUGCGUACGAUUCCGUUGUCCGUUCCGCGCGUAGGUCUGUCCGGGACGGCGGCUCAUUCUAACAGGUGGUAAGCGAUUUCAGGUGGAGCUCAGCUCAGCAGCAGGGUGUACAGGCUACUACUCGAUAUCACCAGCGACCGGAGCUCAAACAAAAGACUUUAACCGCUAACGUCUUAGAGGUUUUUUAAAAAAAAUUAUUAUUAUUAUUAUUAUUACUGGGAUUGUUUCAGUGGAUCCGAGCCGAGCAGAUCGGGGCAAUUAGCUGGAGAAUCUGGGCUACAGAAUACAGGUGGGGGAGAGUGAGACAUACAGCCUGUGAGGGUUUUUCCUCAUGUUGGACUGGUAGGGAAUCAGCCCCCUCCCAUGUGUUCCUCUGAGAGAACCCAGCUCUGAUAUUUUGUUCCGUUUUUCCAUUGGGACAGACAGGGGGAGAAACGGCUCAGCAAACAGGUGCGAGAACGGACGCGGGCACAGACGCACGCGCGCACUCCCGGCUCAUUGUCUGACCGGGAUACACCUAUCUGCUGAAGGUCCGAGUGCACGAGCUCGAUAGUUCUCAUUCACAACGGGAAAAACUCGGCUCGUAUUUGGAAAUAGCGCAUUUAUAAAGUCAUUUUUUUUUCGUUUCAGAGGAGCAAUAGCAGGGCAGAAGGUAAAACAGAGAGAGAGAGAGGGACACAAAUUCACACAGACAGAAAGAGAUGUCAGGCAGGAAGCACAACGCGGAUUCCUCGAAGAGGUGCCCGGUACCGACCGACACCGAAAUGUUCGGUGAAUUUCAGGACUGGUGCCUUCGCACUUACGGAGACUCGGCCAAGACAAAGACCGUGACCCGGCGCAAAUACGACAAAAUCCUCCAGGCGCUGUCUCUGGCUGAGGACUCGGACGCCUACGCGGAUGCCAGCCACAUCAACGCCAAAUUUAAGUUCUGGGUUAAAUCCAAAGGCUUCCAAGUCGGGAACGGCGACAACCAGAGAGAGCGGAAUGGGAAAUCCGACAGACCCGUGCUGUACGUCCCCAUCAAAGCAACGUGUGUGGACAGCACGACCGGACAGGAAAUCUCGUCUCUGAAGAGAGUUGCGGUGGUCGAGGAUUUCUACGAUAUCAUCUACUCCAUGCAUGUGGAGAUCAGCUCUGACCCAGCCAAAGUGCCCAAACAUGCCGGGCAGAAAAAAACAUACAAAGCGAUCGCAGAGACGUAUGCGUUUCUACCUAGAGAGGCAGUGACCCGAUUCCUGAUGGGCUGUGGAGAGUGUCAGAAGAGGAUGCACAUCAGCCCGAGUGGAGCCGAGUGCAAGGAAAACGACCGGCCUGCCUCUUUGGUCCCUGACCUGAUCGACUACAACAUGCCUUUGACCACCACCUACCUGAAACAGAUGAAACUGCAGUGUAUUAACAACAACGAGCAGGAUGAAAGUUCAGUGAGCAGUGAGGAGUUUGAUAUGAGUGACCCCACAUGGAUUUCAACUGAGCACCAUAGCACACUCCCAGACCUGAACCCAGCUACGAAUAUAGAGAGAAUGCUCAGCCCCCAAAACACACACAAAGAGGACGAUGAUGAUUCGUCUUCAGAAAGUGGGAGCGGCAAUGGCAUCCACAGCAUGACUCCUCCCUCUAUUGGUGUGGUCUCUGUGAGUGACGGAACAGCAGCUGGACCGGUGACUGUGUCGUAUAGUCAGGUGAACGGGAACAGGACAGCUGUGCCACUGGACUUCAGCACUACUUCAUCGUCAUCCUCAGAAGAGCAGCAACCGGUGAACCUGAGAGAGCGAAUGAGUCAGGCCCUGCCCACUGCCGCAGCCAUGCUGGCCACAUUCAACCCCGAGCACUCGGAGGAGUUUCGCCGAAAAUAUCACAAACCACCACUGCCCUCAGAGCUGCGUCUCGACCGAGACAUCAGGGACUACGCCAACAAGUCUCCUCAGUAUGGUUCAGGAAGCUAUGACUCAAUCAAGGUGGAGAUGUGUGCCGAGGACCUGACGGUCAGUCGCACUCAGGCUGCCGAUGACGAUGACGACGAUCACGAUGACCACGAUGACAGCGAUAAGAUCAACGACACCGAAGGAGUGGAUCCAGAGAGGCUGAAGGCAUUCAAUAUGUUUGUACGACUGUUUGUCGAUGAGAACUUAGACCGCAUGGUGCCCAUCUCCAAGCAGCCGAAAGAGAAAAUACAAGCCAUCAUCGAAUCCUGCAGCCGCCAGUUCCCAGAGUUCCAGGAGCGUGCACGCAAGCGUAUCCGCACCUACCUCAAAUCCUGCCGGCGCAUGAAGAAGAACGGCAUGGAGACCCGGCCUACGCCACCACACCUGACCUCAGCGAUGGCAGAGAACAUUUUAGCUGCUGCUUGUGAGAGCGAAACGAGAAACGCUGCCAAGAGGAUGCGGAUGGACGUCUACCAAACACACGAGGAUCAGAUAGCUCUGGAGAAGUCUGUCUCUCGUGAACCGGUGCCUCUGACCCACUCCGCAUAUUCUCUGGCAGCAUCUGCUUACUCCCAGGACCAGCUGUACAUCAACGGAGGCCUUGGGUACAACUACCGUGCUUUCGCUGGCCUGGCGGGCAGCAUGCAGCACCCGGUCUCCCUCACUACCCCUGCUGCCCAGACCAACGGACCUACCGAUCUAAGUAUGAAGUCCCUGGCUUCAAACUCAUCUACAUCAAGCACCAAUAGUCUCGGGCGGAGUGGAGGAGGAGGAGGAGGGACCUCCGCUCAGCUCAGCCAUACAGAAGUGACAGCAGUGCGUCAGCUGAUCGCUGGCUACCGCGAAUCGGCAGCCUUCUUACUCCGCUCGGCCGACGAGCUGGAAAACCUCAUACUACAACAGAACUGAGCUGUACACUGUCCCUCUCCUCUCAUCACCACUUUCUGUCUCUUUCAGUCUGCCUUUAUCUUUAACUCUCGCUCCAUCUCCUCAGGUCUCUAUUUGCUAGCCUCACUCUUUCUGCACCGUCAUUUGUCAUCCUCAGAGGCGUGUACACAGGAGUGAUGAUGAAGCGUUGAUCGGUAUGCUGGCACAUUCAGAUCGUUUGCAAAGCGAAUCAAAGGAAAGGGGGCUGAUGAAGACGGGAGCAUGCUGCAGUGCUGCACUGAAGAAAAAAAAAAAACACUGUUCCGAUGGAUGGCUGGCCGGCCUUGUGAAUCACACACCUCUCCACCUCCAUGCCCUUAAAUCCAUUUACUAAAACAACUCCUUUAAUUAAUUAUAAUUUUUUUUAUACCACCUGCUUUCUAGAGCCACUAAUUUGCUGAUUUUUGUUCUUUUGGUUGUUAAUUGACUUUUCAGCAGGAGGCACCGCGUAGUGCCAGUACUCCUGUUUCUUACUAAAUGAAGACAUGCUUGAGUUAAGUUGAACGAAGAUGCCUAAAAAAAAAUGAAAAGAAACAAACAAGACCUUUACACCCGCUGUACAUAAAUGCGCUCUGUUCUAAAGCACUUUUUUUUCCACUCGAUCUGACCUCUGCUCCCUAACACUGCUUUUGCUGUAGGGAGAAAAUUGUAUAUCUUAUGCAUACAAAUACAGGUGGAGCUCACCUGGAAAUACCUCAGCCUGUCCAAAUCCUUUUGUGUCCCAACUCCCGUUUUUCUGUCCGAGGGAGAGGAAUCACUCCUUCUACUACUACCUUAUGCGUCCAGUGCCUCUCCAGGAUCUAUAAGAGGGCAUGCAUAUGGGACAUGAGCUUGGUUUGAUUCUAUGGUUAUUUAUUCAUUAGUUUUCCUUCUAUAAUGUACUAUACAUAUUCGAUUCAUUAGAAAGUAUUGAUCACAGAAAUACACUGAAAUGAAAUACACUGGAACUAGAGGAUUAAUUAAUAAAGUGUUUUGAUCAGGUAAAGUUUUCUGCUUUAACGAUCAGGUCUUUUGGGGCCUCUCACAGCAUUCCAAACGAUGGAUGCCGACUCUAUACGCCACUACUUAUUUUUAUUUUAUUAUUAUUAUUUUUUUAAUGCCAUUCUUCUGAAGUCACCUCGUCUUUCAUGCACAUGUCUGGAGCAAUGGAGGGAGAGUGAUGAAGGGAUGGAGGAAGGAUCUGUUAGUCUUUUUUGUCUGUUGACUUUUUCCUCAAAGGCCAUUAAUUCCACUCUGCUGCUAAGGACUUGGACUUUACGCCACAGACCUGAAACCUCAAGCCUCCUGCACAACCAGAGCACCUCAACCUGUAAAAAAAAAAAAAAAAAAAGAAGAAAGAAAGAAAGAAAGAAAAAGGAAAAAAAAAAACAAAGACCAACAAAUUUACAAAAAAAAAAAAACGUUUCUGAUGGAGAAGUUAAUUUGAAUGCUCAGUAAGAGAGAAUACUGCCAUACUAGUUUCCUGCAUUCUCAUCUUGUUAGUUAUAUGCAUUAGCACUGAGGGUUGUAUUUGCUUUGCAGCUGCAUCUCUUUUUGGUUCUUUUUUAAAAUUUAGACGCUUUAUUUUGUGCUUAGUUUCAGAGAUCAGUAGAAAUCGGUUCCUCUGUUUGUGAUAUGAGAGCUUUCACGUGCACAGGUGGAGGGAAUCUCUGAGGAACUGAAUCUUUCGAGAGAGAGAAGAGAAAACGCAAGCUGUUUUUGUUAGUGAGUUCGGCUUGUGUAGGUGCUGACUGACUGGUGUGUCACUGUAAUUUGCUCCUCUUUGCACACUGCGGCAGUGCUGCUCUGCUACCGUGGAGCUCUGUGUCAAAGCUCGAGGUUGCACUGACAGUGGGGAGCAAGAGGAAGAUUAUUGCAAUGCAAACGAUAAUCAAAUGCGUUCCUGGUUCUAAAAGAGAGAGUUUUGUGCAUAAAUGCUGGACCAAGACGUGUAAUGAGGAGCAGUCACAAGCACUAAAGUCAAGUUCCAUAGUCUUGUAGCAUUGAGAAUAGGCAAAUGAGGUAAUGGCAGUAUAAUGUAAAACGGAUCUUCAGUGAAGUAUGUGUAAGAUCUACAAGUUUUACAUUGUGCUUUCUGCCUUCAUUACAAGUAUCUUGUUGUAGUAACGUGAUCUCCGGUUGGCUCCAACCAAUAUAAAUACGGAAAAUACUGCAUGUCUUACAUGUGGUACUUUAUGCUAGUCUGGACAGAUCUGCGCAUUUGGACUUUCUCUUAAUUAUCGGUAGUGACAAGGAUGAGGAAAUAUGCAAAAUGACAAGUCCUCUCCUCACUGUGCUCUUGUCUUACUGUGGCUGUUUUGGUUUUCAUUUAAUAUCACCUUCAUUCUUAAGGGAUCCAUUCAUUUCGCUGUUUAAGCGGAUUCUUUGAUACAUUCAUGUUUUUUCUUUCUGCUCAUUUACGUACUUUAAGGGAAGAGCUGUGUUCAUGUCCUCGAUUUCUUUUUUUUUUUUUUUUUGGUGUUUUUGAGUAAAAAAAAAAAGGCUUGUGUUGCAGUUCACCAAUUUGGAUUAACAUUGGUGAUGUUUGCUGUUUAAAGGAAUUGCUGAUGUUUUAGGUAAAAUGACAGUGAUCUUUGUUAAUAUUGUUUACUUUUGCUUAAUAUUUCUCUCUCCUUAUCUGCUCAGUCCUUACGUUAAAGCACUAGAGACUGAUAUAAAGGCUGGGUACGAGGACUGAUGCUUCACUCUCUUCUGUCUGUCUCUGUCUGUCUUUCUUUUGCUCCUGCUGAUUCGAAGUGAUGGAGGGAUGGGUGCUGCUGCUUAUUAAAACCACUCAAACACUGCUGAAUUUAGACUAACCUCACAUGCCACCAAGUUCUGCUCUGGUUGCUUGAAAUUUGAGAUUUGUGACAAUUCUACAUUUGUAACAUAGGCAAUGGACCAUUAACAUUAUUUGUGGAAAGGUGGUGAAUUAUUAAGGGAAAUAAAAGUCACGCUCAUUCACUCAUCUGGAUAUUUGCUCCCUCCAGCUCCCUCAUGGACACAAACUUUAUGGAUACAAACUGUAAAAACAAGGCAAACGACAAUCUUGGAAAAGGUGUAGUCCGGUUCGAUUUACCUUCACCGUGUGCGGCCAUUGUUUACAGUGCGGUAUGGGAGAACGUUGGGUGAUUUAGCCAUAAUCUGAGCAUCUCUGACAUCUUGGACGUCUGGCCCUUCUCACCAUCUGUGGAGGACUUCUAGUGGCCCACUGUCGACACCUUCUCAUAUGAUUUCUAUUUUUAUUAUAAUUGUCAUGAUUGCAGUUAUUAUUUUUUAAUUCUUUUUGUAUUACAAAGUGGUCUUUCUACAACUGUUUUGUACAACACCAUCAUCACAAGUGAAGUUUUGUCUAUACAUUCCAAGGAAGGAUGUCAAUAUAUACAAAGCAGUCAUGUGGACCCAAGUCAUCACACAUGUACGAAGGACAGCCCACCUAAGUGCUCUAUACUACUUUAAAAAAAUCCAAUCAGAAAAAAAUUGCUUAAACUAGAGGCUUUCAGACAAAACAAUAAGCGUGCACUACGAUGUACAUUUCCCAUAGUGAGCUUGGGUCACCUGGUGCGGCUUCAUUUGCUUACGGCCCUGCAAAGGCAAAGUGUGUUUACUUUGUAAAUAAGUUGCUGAUAGCACUGGUGUUAAAGGUUUUUCAUGUUGGUACAUUUUCAUAUAAAAAGUAUUACCACCCCAACUUUAUACCUCAUACUGUGUAUCCAUAAUUAUCCAACAUGUUAAAAAAAAAGAAAAAAAACAUGGGUCAGUUUCAGGUUUCUGCACUUUGCCUUUGACCUGCUGAGUUUAUCGAGAUUAGCACUUCAUUUGUUCAGCUAUUAUGGAUGUUCAUUGUGAGUGAGUGUACAUAUUAAACCCCCAGUUUGCAUACUUAUAAUAUGAAUAUGCUACUUAGCCUCUAGGGCUUUUAAGCUUUGUUUUAUUCCUUAGCUUGGACUUGGCGCACACACGCACACAAACAGCCAGGUUGUAUUUGAUCUGACUACAUGCCAUAUAAUUUUUCAAGGCACAUUCAAACCAUCUCGGCAUGUAUGGAUUAAAUGCACACACUCACAUGUACAGAUUUGUGCUUUGGUUCCGGCUGUGUACUCAAGUUACAGUAGCUGCUGAACUACACAGAUUAUUGGCCUGUUUUGGGCUGCUGUAGAGCUCAGCAAAAAUGUGAGGAGGAAAAAAAGAUAUUUUUCUAUUGCAGUUGUGUACAUACAGUCAAAUCAUCCAGGUUUCCCCUUUGCGAUCGGUCCUCUAUAAUUUGUUGGUGCUUUAAAUUUGUGUUGCUUCGUUCUUCUGUUUAACUGUUUUAAAUUCAGCUCUGCUUUGGAGAUGUACUUUAAACCAACGGGAAACGCAUUUUCUCUCUCUCCCUCUCCUCUUCAUUUUGGACUCAGUGGAAGUGUGAUGUUUACAUGUACAGAUUUUUGAAAUUUUCAUUUUUUUUCUCUAUGAUUUGCUCAUUCUUCCUUUUUGUGUAAAAGCUUUUUUUGUCCUGCUCUCAUACAGUGCUUAAUUGAACCUGAUUUCUCAAUUGAAAGGAAAUGGAAAUAUGUCAGAGUAAGGUUUGUGUUAAUUUCAGCAGCGCUUAUAAAAGUGAGUCCUAUUUUGCUUUGUUCUGAUCCGAUCCCGCUUUCUAACUGCUGACAACAGGAAGACAAAAUGAAGGCUCACUGUAAAAUGAUCCUCUGUUCUGACUGCAAGCCAGUACACGGCAGUCCAUUUCUUUGCAAUUAAAAGCCAUUUCCAUGCCCUUCACUGGGCUCGCAACAAGUAUUAAAUUACAAAAAAACAGACUGAAAACCUCAGGUAAAUGACUACUAUUUAUGUAAUUGUAAGUCUUACUGGCAGCCCAUUUCCCUCUUUAAUACCACGUAAAUUAUAUUAAAUAAUGAUUCUUUUUUUAUAUAUAUUUAUUGUGUUCUGUAUAACAGUUGGAACCCUUUUCACUACAUGUGAUUAAAUAUUUUAAUUCUUUUGAGAAGUGACAAAUAUAUAUGUGAAAAAGCUGAAAGAUGGAAAAAAAAAAAGAUUUCUGUUUGUUUAAUAAGAAACAGCAUGGGUGACUCCUUACAUAUCACUUUGAUUAAUGAAAACCAAUGAUUUAAAAUGAUGCUUUCUCCAAGUGGGUUGUCACUGCUGAGGUUUAAAAAAAUGUCUUUAAACAUGACAUUGUGACUUUAUUUUUUCCCCUACCAAGCUGUUUGUCUGAAAGCUAAAUAUGCUAAUAAAAUUGUGUGCUAUAUAUCCA